CAAUGGGCAGCGGCUGGCAGCGCGCCCCGCGCGGGAGCCGCAGUCGCGCCCUCUCGCUGCCUGGCGAAGGGGCGGCUGGCGCGGAGGCGAGCGCGCUGGAGAGGAGCCGCUGGCGCCGUGCGACUGCGACUGUCAGGGCAUGAGGAUGGCCGUGGGUUCCGUCAAGAUGCAGUCGCCGUGCGAGAGCCCGGGCCUGGCCGCUGCGGUGGCCGUGGCGGCCGCGGACUGCGCCCUGCGCCGCAGCCCCAGUGCCCGGGAGCCUGAGCGCGAGCAGCCACCCGCGCCGCCUCGGCCGAGGCUGCGGGACCUGCCUGCGCUGCUGCGGAGCGGACUCACGCUGCGGAGGAAGCGGAGCGUCCCCGGGGCCCGGACUCUAUCACGAAGAAUUUCCAACCCAUACCUUGACCAUACUUCUUCCCAGAUUUACGGAGAGAAUUCAUCUUGUGCUGGGAGAGCACUGAGGAAUAUUAUUAUUGUUCAGGCAGCAGACCUGAUAAAGGACAGAAUGAACCUCAAGGGAUUUUACAGGAGAAGCUGUGUUGGGUCAGAACUGGUAGACUGGCUUCUAGAACACUGUCCUUUUGUCCAGUGCAGAUCUAUGGCUAUUGGGGUCUGGCAACUCCUACUGGAUAUGGGAAUUAUGUCAUCAGUGGAUCAGCAUUUGCACUUUCAAGAUACCUAUGUUUUCUAUCAGUUUUCAUCAGAUGAAUGUAGCUACUUGUACUGUGAAUUUGAAAGAGAAGAAGAAUGGCAGAAUGGGGUUAAACUUUUACUGCAACUUGUACCUCUGAUUCCCACCCGAACUGGCAUUUGUGAAUUGUCUCAGCAGAAAAUAGAGGACCCAGAAGAAAGCAGUGAUGAAAUUUUGGCUCGUCUAACAUCUGCGGUGCAGAGAGAGCUAGCAGCUGUUAUUGCUCUGAAGGCAAGGAAGUCUGCACUUGAACAAGAUGAAGAAAACAGUGACAAACAUGUACCUGUAACAGAAGCUGGUGGUGUUCCAGACUCUAAGGCAGGGGUGAUGUGCAAACUUCAGGAGAGAGAUGAUACUGGAAAAAUUGAACUGGUCCAGAAGUUGGCAAGAGAAAACUGUCAGAUUUUACAGAUGGACAAAAAAGAACAAGAGAAGUCUGAACAGCAAGAUGAUGAAGUGACAACUGUUGGGGUUAAAGAGCAGAACCAAAAUGUCUUGGUGCUGAAGAAAGUGCAGUGCUGUGGCCCAGCCCCCCCAGCCGGGACCUCAGAGAGAGAUUGGAGAUAUGUGGUGGUGUCCGGGACCCCGGAGAAGAUUUUGGAGCACCUCUUGAAUGACUUACACCUGGAAGAAGUCCAGGACAAAGAAACAGAGACCCUCCUUGAUGACUUCCUUCUCACGUACACAGUCUUCAUGACAACUGACGACUUGUGCCAGGCACUGCUAAGGCAUUAUUCCGCUAAGAAGUAUCAAGGCAAAGAAGAAAACUCAGAUGUUCCUUGUCGGAAACGUAAGGUCUUGCAUCUUGUUUCCCAGUGGAUUGCUCUGUACAAAGACUGGUUACAUGAAGAUGAACACUCAAAAAUGUUUUUAAAGACUAUAUACAGGAAUGUACUGGAUGAUGUAUAUGAGUAUCCAAUACUCGAGAAAGAAUUGAAAGAAUUUCAGAAGAUACUUGGAAUGCAUCGUCGUCACACUGUAGAUGAAUAUUCACCACAAAGAAAGAAUAAAGCCCUUUUCCACCAAUUCAGUCUUAAGGAGAACUGGCUCCAGCUUCGAGGAACUGUGACUGAAACAGAGGAAAUUUUUUGUCACGUCUAUUUAAUGGAGCACUCCUAUGUUAGCGUGAAGGCAAAAGUUUCCAGCACAGCCCAUGAGAUCCUGAAAGUUGUGGCAGAAAAGAUCCAACAUGCUGAAGAGGAGUUGGCUCUGGUGGCUGUCACAUUCUCUGGGGAAAAGCAUGUACUUCAGCCGAAUGACUUGGUGAUCUCCAAAUCUCUUGAAGCAUCUGGUCGAAUCUUUGUCUACCGGAAAGACUUGGCUGACACUUUGAACCCAUUUAUAGAAAAUGAGGAUGCACAGCAAAGGUCAAUGAGGAUUUUGGGAAUGAACACUUGGGAUCUUGCUUUGGAAUUAAUGAAUUUUGAUUGGAAUCUCUUCAAUUCAAUUCAUGAGCAAGAACUGAUCUACUUCACCUUCAGCAGACAGGGAAAUGGGGAGCACACCGUGAACCUCAGCCUUUUGCUCCAGAGAUGCAAUGAAGUACAGCUCUGGGUGGCCACAGAGAUUUUACUCUGCAGCCAGCUGGGCAAGCGAGUGCAGCUGGUGAAGAAAUUCAUCAAAAUUGCUGCUCACUGCAAAGCCCAGAGAAACCUGAAUUCUUUCUUUGCUAUUGUGAUGGGUCUCAACACUGCUUCUGUCAGCCGACUAUCACAGACCUGGGAGAAAAUUCCUGGAAAAUUUAAGAAACUUUUCUCUGAACUUGAAAGUUUAACCGAUCCUUCCCUGAAUCACAAAGCCUACAGAGAUGCAUUCAAAAAGAUGAAGCCACCAAAAAUCCCUUUCAUGCCUUUAUUGCUUAAAGAUGUAACCUUUAUUCAUGAAGGAAAUAAAACAUUUUUGGAUAAUCUUGUCAAUUUUGAAAAACUGCACAUGAUUGCAGACACUGUCCGGACCCUGAGACACUGCAGGACUAGCCAAUUUGGAGGUGAUGUUUCUCCAAAAGAGCACCAAGAGUUAAAAUCCUACGUCAAUAACCUGUAUGUGAUUGACAGCCAACAGGCUCUGUUUGAACUCUCACACAGGAUCGAGCCUCGGGCAUGAGUCCCCACCACUCCACCUUCUCACCACCUCACCUCCCCAUAACUGCAGCACUUUGAAUUAUGGGAAUGUCAAUGCCAAGCACAGUGCUUUCCUGUGAGAAAAGAAGUUGCUGAGUUUUAUCAGUGGAUUGCAAGACACCCACAGGAAAGCCAUCCAAAUUGUGCUCAGGAAGUAAUGUCAACAGCUACCAGAAACAGAGCGAGGCCUCUCUACUCCACUUUCUGAGAAAGAAGGCAGAAGACUCCAAAGCAUUCUUCAAGUAGAGAAGUCUGGUUUCUUAUGAUCACAUUAUGGAUCCCAUCUGAUUUCAGUUUCGUAUGUGCCAGCCUCAAGACAGAGUGUACUUGUAAGAGUGUGCACACAAAACAGGAAGGGAUUUUACUUCGUCUGAUAGUAGAUUGCCAUUGAUCCACUGUCAGACAAGUAGUUUGUUUGAACACCUAACAAGAGUGAUGGCAUCUCUAGACUAUCAUGGACCGGAGGGGUCUCUGUCAACAAACUGUGAUACCACCAAAAGCCACUUGUGUCUAGGAAGCUAGCAAAGAUCAGCAGUUGGCAUUCCUGCUCUGACUUCUAGAAGAAAAAUGUCAAGGCAUGCAUUCCUUUGCAUCCACAAUCACUUGUCCAUGUAUGCUUGCAGGUGAAAAUUAUUUCUGCACAACUGAUCUGCAGCUAUAUAAGCAAGCUAGCCUAAGUUGUUUUGCCAAUACGGAAAAUAGUAAUCUUUAAGAAAAUGAUUGAUCGUUUAUUUUCUGUAGAUUUUCUUUACAUGUGCAAGUGGGCUUUCAUCUAUUACUAGGAACAACAUUAGUUUUGAAAAAAAAUCAUACUACUGACACAUAUAGGCCCUUAGUAACUGUUCACUGAGGUCACAGGGUAACAAAGGUCUGUAUUCUUGUGCCUGGUGAUGCCCUGGCCCAUUGCCCAUAAUAUGGAAUAAGUGCCAGCCCAGGGAGGUUAAGUGGGAUCUGUUGUCUGAAGCACUGAGCACUUCCUAGAGGAGAGCAAGAUGAGUGCCUGCUCUCAGAAAUAAAAAGAACCUCCAAACAGUCACAUGAUUUACACCAGACUUUUAGAAGGUCUAUAGUCUUAUCCCCAUAGACACUAAGCCUCCCCAUAAAAUCUGUGUUACUAGUUUUGUUUUUAAAGUCGUGUAAGUCUUUUUUUUUUUUUCUCCUAAUGCCUGCUUUGAUAGGUUAGGACUCCUAGAGUUAAGACCCUUUGCUGUUCUCAAGGAUUUACCAGAGGAUUUUCCCCAGCCUUCAAAUGAACAAUAAAGUCUGUGGGCUACACUAACAAAACCCACCCCUGCCAGCUAGAUAGCUGUCACAUUGCUAAAGUGAAAGCUAGCACCUUAUUUUAUGCAUUAGGUAUCUCGGUUUUUUUUUCACAUGUGAAUCCUGGUGCCCUUUCUCAUCACACCUACCUGUUCAUCUCUUAGCUAACUACCCAGACUGCUUCCUUUCAGUGUCAUUAACACCUCAUUAGUGAGUUUAUGUGAUGCUUUCCAAUACCUUAAUUGCUGUGUUUCCUGGACUGGGGCCCAAACUGAACUUGAGGAACCACGUAGAGAAAAUGUGGGAGAGAACUUUCAAAGAUAAGCAUUCUGUUCCAGCAUGUAUAACUUCAGUCUUGGAAAUGAACAGAAUUUUCUACAACCAUCCAGGAUUAGUCCACUCAGAAAUGUUCCAGGCUUCUGGAAAUGGUGUGAGAGCCAAUCGAGGGCGUCAGAAGCAGGGAAAAUAGUCUUCUCUGGAGCUGAUCAAACACUGGAAAAGCCCUCCCUUUGGCAAUUCCUAGGGAGCAUGUGGGAUUUUAUAGCACAAGUCUGUAUUCUUGUCUUUCUUCUAUGCUAAGGAGCAGAAUUAGACCAAUCUAAGCAUGCAAGGCCAUUUGAUAUUGAUUCACUGACUAGUUAAAUUUUUUUAUCACAGUUAGGUCUAUUUUGUUCCAACUGAAACAUUUUGUUUGCUUCACUGGGUUGCUAUUUCAGCAUAGCACCUGCUGCUUAAACCCCAGCUAAAUAUGUAGAUAGCCAAAUGAAUCCACCAGUGCAUUGUGUUUUGACACAUUCUGGGGGAAAAUAGUGUGUGUCCACUAUUUCCUCCAGCUGGGGUUAUGUGGCUCUCCAGACAGCCAAGGGGACAGAGCAUUGUACUGAAUUCAUAUUUGCUUUUUCCAUCCAUGUUUUCUAAAUGUAAAAAUCCCUAAGCCUUUCUGAAAUUUCACAGCACUCUCCAGUGAUUUCCCAGGCAGCAACUCGCAGAAAUUUCAGAAGCUUAGAGAAGAUUUCAACAUGGAGUUAAAGGUUUCAGGGCAGAAUUGUCAGCCACAUUUAGCUCAGUACAGAGAUCUGUCUAAGGAAUCUGAGCUGUCCAACAAGGAACAGACGUCGGGGACUUUGGCGGCUCCCAUUAAUAGAUGGGCCAUAUUCCUUCUCCUUAUAUUUACCUCAGCCUCUUUCCAGUAGGAUUUGCUCUGUAAGGGUGAACUGCAAAAUGUUUAAGCUCCUUUCCGGCUCACUUCAGUUUUUAUGGGCGAAUAAAAUUAUUCUCACUGAAAGUCUUCAAUAAGGCUACUUUGACCAGCGAGCCAUACCCCAGUACUUGUGAGUGUAUUCUUUUCAUAGUAGCACAAUUCCCAGUCAGUCCUGGGCAUCUUUGGACUCAUCAUCAUUUCAGCAAACCACACCCUGCUUCAAAGUUUGUGUUGUAUAAGACCUCAUAGGCAAACUCACAUUCAUUCUGAAUUUUUUAAAAUUCCCCUUACAUAUUGACAAGUGUUCCUGAAGUGAGUGUUUUAAGUUCUCUCUUUGUGAACAAUCAGCAUAACUGUCAAGUAGUUGUAGUGCUAUAUAUUAGGGUCCAUUUUCACUUUAUUCUCAUAUCACAAAUUAGGUUUAAUUUAAAUUUAUCUGGGAGUCAGGCAGUAGUGCAGCAGGUUAAGUGCACGUGGUACAAAGCCCAAGGACUGAAGUAAGGAUCCCGGCUUUAGCCCUUGGCUCCCUACUUGCAGAGGAGUCACUUCACAAGCGGUGAAGCAGGUCUGCAGGUGUCUAUCUUUCUCUCCCCCUCUCUGUCUUCCCCUCCUCCCUCCAUUUCUCUCUGUUCUAUCCAAUGAUGAUAUCAACAACUACAACAAUAAAAAGGACAACAAAGGGGAAUAAAUAAAUAUUAAAAAAUUAAGUAAAUUUAUCUUCCCACAUCUCCUCUGUAAGCAAGUCUGUUGGCUCCAAGAUUGUUUUCAGAUGCACGAAGGUAAAGUUAGAACUUGCCUCUCCCAGUCCAUAGGAAGAAGUGUUACCCUAGUGCAGAUUUGCCUCGAGCAGGGAGAAAGCAUGAAGGGGAGGGGAUGCUAGUGACUUCUGGUCCCUGGAGCUGACCUCUCACUGCUGUCCCAGCCCUAGCCAUUUUGUUAGAGCUAUCACAUCCACCAGACACCUCAAACCUCACAUCGCUAAACGGCACAGCUAUUCUGUUCUCAAAAACUAGGUAACAACAUUAAAGUAGAGACAAACCAAGCUCCACUGCAGUGGACUAACAAAAUUUCUAUUAGAUGCUUCUAAGACAUGUCCUUAAAAUUUCAGCCUGCUUAUUAAUGGGUGGGCCAUGUGUGCUAAAGACCGGUGGGGGAGGGGAUAAAAGUUGCCAAAAAGUUAGAUGGAAAAGUACUACUGUAUAAAGCAAAGCUGUAUAUACUUAACGUUUUUUAGCAGAGUAAUAUUUAUUUGCAUAGCCUAUUUAUUGUAUUCGUAUUACACCUAUUCAAUACUGGGAUGAAAUUGACCUGAAGCAAGGACUUCUUGCCUUUUAACAUAUCUCUAGGCCCUCUGUGAGAUUGUCUGCUUGCGUUCUCAAUUAGGAGAUAGGAAACCCACAAUCAGGGUGUCUACCUAAUUUCUCAGGGACUACACUUUGUAGUUUUCCACCAUUAUAAGAGCUGGUAAAUAUGAAACAUUUGUGGAAUUGCCAGAGUUGCCAUUAACAGUGUUUUGCUCCAUAUUUCAUGCUUUCUGCCUCUGUAUAUAUUGACAGUGCUGUGUAUUUAUCGAAGCUAGUAAGCAAUAAUUUAUAUGUAAAAAUGGCCAAGCAAUAUAAGGUGAAAACUUACAUAAGUCACUGUUACCUUAUCUUGUAUUUUCAAGUGUUUUUUUUUAAAUGGCUUUUCCAAAUAUAAGAUUAUGUUAAAGACACUA